UGCAAAAAUGGCAGAAUUUGUCACAGACUUAAUUAUAGGAAAGCCUGCAAGACCCGAAAGCUGUAUAAUCCCUCGUGAGAUUCCUGUUCACACAUGAUGGCUGGCGACAUAAAAAACCCUGAUGGGCCAACCCCACUCAUCAAUCAUUUUUCAAAGACACCUACGGAUGAUCAUGGUUCCGCUUGGUCAGCCCUUUGGGACUCGGACGACAGUGACCUCUGGGAUCGCGGGAAACCUUCACCUGCGCUGAUCGACCUUAUUGAGCAACAGUCCGAACUAUUGCGGCCAAUAGCAGAGAAUGGACGUCGAAAGAAAGCACUGGUGCCGGGCUGUGGAAGAGGUUAUGAUGUGGUGAUGCUAGCUUUGCAUGGGUUUGAUGCCUACGGAUUGGAGAUUUCUGAGACUGCUGUGGCAACUGCAAACCGCUACGCUUCAGCCGAACUGCAAAACCCACAAGAUUAUAAUUUUGGACCCGAAAAUAGUAUUAUAUCUCAGCCAGAUGGCGUAGGUCGUGUUACGUUUUUCCAAGGCGACUUUUUCAAAUCGGAUUGGUCUGAUCCAUUGACGAACAACGGGGCUGAAAAGUUCGAUCUCGUCUACGAUUACACGUUUCUCUGCGCUUUGCACCCGUGCUCACGCCCACAAUGGGCAAACCGUAUGGGCCAGCUUACACGAUCAGAUGGAUACCUAGUCUGCCUUGAAUUUCCUCUGUUCAAGGAUCCAGCACUCACUGGUCCCCCUUGGGGUUUGAAUGGAGUCUACUGGGAUCUAUUGGUCCGGGGCGGCGACGGGGUUGCAAAUAUCACAAAGGCAGCAGAGGCUGGUAGUCCGGAACAGCUCCCUGGCCAAUUCAUAAGAUCCCAGCAUACAAAACCACCUCGAUCAUACGAGAAUGGGAAAGGGACGGACAUGGUGGGUAUCUAUAUUCGAAAGUAGACCAUUGUUAAUGGGAGUUUUUAAAUCGAGAUCUUAAUUCGAAAUCCAGAGCCAGAGAAAAGAGCAAAACAUCAGAGAACCAUUUAUUGGCGA